AUGGUUCAUUUCGGCUUGGACACGGGCCUCAUGGCCACGCUUCUGAGUGUCCUGUCAUACUUCACUAUGAAGACUUCUGCAGCCGCUCUCCCGACAGGCGGAAGUUCUGCGCUCGAGGCUGGCGAUUCCAACAACACCUGGUACCAUCUGCAGUCAUUUGUGGUUCAUGAAAAAUAUCACAAGACCAAGCCCAGCUUCGUCUACUUCACUGGUGGAGACGCAUACCUCACCAAGUCAAAGACGGACGCGGCAAAAUUCUGGAUAUGGGGAGGCCAACUUGGGGUAGGCAACGAAUUUGUGCACCUGGACUUCAGCAACGGUUAUGCGGUGGUCAAGCUCGACGAUCGUCCCAGCUCAGGGAAUUACAACUUCUUGCAGGGCCAAGACGGUUGGCUUCAUGUUCAAGGACAAGGGAUUUCCUAUGGCGAGGGUGGCCAGGCAGUCUUUUGUCAGAGCGAGGACGGAUCCCUCUUCCUCCAGGGUAAUGGAAAGCCCCCUUUUGCAUGCCAGGACAUUGGCUUGUCACUAAGACAGCGAGCCGGUCCCGCACCCAGAUCACUACCACCUCGCCAAAACAAGGCUGGCGACAAACCUCAAUACUCUGCCAUCCCAACAGUGACCGCCGCCCUCACCCCUCGAAGUGUGCCGGCAUGGUUUGCACACCGAGUAGAGGCGGCAAGAGUGUCCGCGACACCCUUCGCGACACCCUUCACCACAACUCCCUUUGCCCACCCACCCGUACCAACCAGCCGUCGCCAGGGAGACUUUCCGCCACCUGCACCUACUCAAGCCGCGACCACUACAAGACCUUCCGCACCCGAUCCAUCUAGCGACAACGACCAGCCCGAUAACGAAGGGACCGACCCAAAUGAGCAGAAGCGAUCGUUUGAAUUCGACAUGGACGGCGACAUUGUGGACUGA